AUGAAAGGCCUUAAGUUAUUUAAUGCUAUAAAAUAAGAAAACAGUAGCAUAUUCAUCAUGAGCAAACUUAUUUAUGAAUACCCUUUCAGUGAUACUGAAAUUAAUAUAAGCAAAGAUUUUACUGUAAAUCUUAUAAUUUCCCAAUAAUAAAACUUCACUUUAUAUUCAUUGUACAAAAAUCCAUAGCUAAAGAUUCUUAUUUUGAAGAGUUCUUAAGAACUACCGCAUUCUAAACUUAAAUCAAUUAAAGAGUAGGACUUUUCUUUUUCUAGGUUGAGGCAAAAUAAGCUUUACAGACAUUAUUCUAAUAAGAUAGAGGAAAUUAUUAAAGAAAUAAAUAUAGCGAAAAAGCAAACAGAUAUCGGGAUCAGAAAUGUAAAUAGUAAAUAAGAGAAUCCCACACUUGUAUAGAGCAAGUUAUACUAAGAAAUCAGGCAACUUAAAGAAAAAAUAGAUGAAUUUAAUGGAUUAUACAUGAGGAUCUAAAAUGAUAGAAGAGUAGAAAUAAUAUCUACUUUUGUAAGUUAGUAAGAUAUAAUCAAAACUUAUACAUGA